CGCCCCCACACUGCAAUUCCAAAACUCGUCCUCGGCAACAGCAGCAGCAUGCGGUUCGGGAUCUAUGCGACCACGAGCCUCUUGGCCGGCGCGGGCCUCGUUGGCUAUACAUAUUACACGCGGCAGCAGUUCUACCCCACUGUGAUCUACCUUGUGACGUCGAAAGUGAGCGUCAUGGUUCUGUGCAACGUGGCGUUUGUGAUGACCGUGCUGUUCGGUCAAGUGUUCAAGCGAAUUUUCUUGGGAACCCUUCGCGAUGCCGAGCUCGAGAUGCUGUACGACCACGCGCGAUUCGCGAUUGCGGAAACCUGCUUUACGCUGUCUGUGUUCCGUGAAGAAAUGUCCCUUCGUGUGCUUGGCUUGUUUACGAUCUUACUCUUCCUGAAGACGUUCCACUGGUUAUGUCAAUGGCGCGGAGAACAUAUUGAGCAAUCGGAAGUCGUGUCGCGAAUCACGCAUGUUCGACUGGUCCUACUCAUGGCGCUACUGGCCGCGGUGGACAUGGUGUUUGUGGUCGUGUCCGGCCUACAAGUGGCCGAGCGCGGUCCAUCUGUAUUGGUUUUGUUUGGCUUUGAGUUCUUGAUCCUGUUCGUGACGCUCGUGGCCGUGUUCUUGCGAUACAUCCUGCAUCUGAUCGAUGCCCGCGUCGAAGGCACUUGGACCAACAAGUUUACAUAUGUGUUUUACUUGGAACUGGUCACGGAAAUCGUCAAGCUCAUUGUGUAUUUGAUCUUUUUCAUGAUCAUUUUCACGUAUUAUGGCAUGCCGCUGCACUUGCUUCGCGAUUUGUGGAUGUCGAUCCAGAACUUGCAACGCCGCAUUGUCACAUACUUCCGAUACCGCCGCAUCACAGCCAACAUGAACGAACGGUUUCCAAGCCCCACAGAAGACGAAAUGAACGAAACCGAUCGCAUUUGCAUCAUUUGCCGCGAGGAAAUGACGCUCGACUCGUCCAAGAAACUGCCUUGUUCGCACAUUUUCCACUUGAAUUGUUUGCGCAUGUGGCUGCAGCGCCAACAGACGUGUCCAACUUGCCGCUCCAACAUCCCCGUGGACGCGACCCCACCGCGCCCCGAUGUCGUUCCCGGUGACAACGCCCCUGCUGGUAUGAGGGACCAGAACAACCCUCCCCAUCCGCCUGUCCAACCACCUGCUGCGGUGCCCGAAGCCCCUCGUCGGGAUGCCGUCCCCCCCCCGCGCAACUUGCCAGGGUUUGGCCAACCUCUUCAACCUGCAGCUGCCCCCGUGAUGCAGCCCAUCCCCCCACCCCCCCAGCAGCAGCACCAGCAGCCAGCGCCCCCACAACAACCUGGGGCGACUCCCGCGCCUGGAGCUGAAGUCCAUCAGGGAGCCCCGCAAUUUCCACCCCCGUCGCAUCAUCCGGGAGUCCCUCCUCCCCCGUCGUUUCCAUCGACAAACGUCCCAGCCGAGUUUACUGGACUGGACCCGUCCAGUGCGCACUACAUGCAAUCCAUACACUAUGGCCUGCAGUUGGAUCCUCGGUUUUUGCAGUAUCAACUCGACAUGCUGCAAGCGCAGCUGCAUGUGUUGCGCGCGACGUCGCUGGCGUUGCAAAGCCAACCUGGUCUGAAUCAUAUCCCGUCGUUUCCUGGUACGUUUGGCACUCCGCCAGUUGGCGUCAACCAACAACCACCUACCCCAAACACGGCAGCUCCGUCCCCUUUGCCUACGCCGCCAGUUGCGACCCCUGCAACCCUUCCACCCCCCGCUUCGAGUGCCCCCGUUACUCGUGAGUCGUCGACGACGCCGUUACCUCAAGUGUCUACCCCAGCAGUGGCCGACGACCCCCCCGCUUCUCCACAACAAGAGCCAGUGAACGUGCCAAGUGAAGAAACUCCGUUGACGCCUGAAGAGAUUGAGCGGGAUCGGCGACGAGACGCUUUGAGAAGGAUAUACGCGAAACGCUACGGAGGGGCUUCCGAAGCCGCCGUCGACGAAGAGUACACUAACUAGCUUGAGGUAGUAGUAGUAGUUAGUGGUGAAACAUCGACCGAGCUAUGGCACUGCAUGAGUCUGUAAAAAAGAGCUAUAUUUUGUGGUAUUAUGGUUGGUUUAAAGGAACUGUGAAUGAGUAUCUAUCUUUUGAAGGUUUAUGGUAGGUAGUGUAGGUUAAUAAUGUGUGCAAUAUGAAAAUAUAUGUUUUGAUUGAAGCAUCAUCGGUAUUAAUCAGGUUGGUCUCAUGUAAACGACCACUUGUACAGUGGCGCCUACUCAGAAACGAGGAAUUCCAUCAAGAACUCUUGAUGAAAUUGAUCACUUGCUUCGCUAUCGUGCCUUACACUAAGUCUACUGAUUGUUCAAAUGUCAUAGUUCUCGAUCCAUCCCAGGGCUACGGCAAGCACCCACGACGAACCGCUUGAUAUUGAUAUAGGCCACAAGUAGCACUAACGCACCGAAGGAGUCGACGUGGGGGUUAGAGACUCUAGAAAAUGUGGCCAAACUACUCGAAUACAGAGAAUCCCCUCACUAAAAAUAUGUUCUCUUCACAAAGAUUCAGCUAGAGCUAAUAACUGUACGAUCAUCGGGGUAACUACGUCAUAUAUAGAUGCAACAUGCAAGGCACUGCUCGGGAUGGUAAUUUUUGUCAACAUGGUUGGUUCAGUGUCUAACAUGUGUAAAAUUAUAGAAAUCGUCCUCGCAGGUGCCGUAUUCACUAGAUAGAUCACGCACACACACAUAUAUACUUAUCAACGUCGAGAACAAGAUGUAGAAAUGCUGAUUACCGACUGCCGGCUUCACAAAACGUGACUAGGCAGCCAAUUGCCCAGCGCUUCUAGCCACUCCCGAGGGACUUCGCGAUGGGCUGAUGGACCCAACAUCCCUCGGGGAACCUGCUAUAUGCCAAGUUGUAAUGGAAGACCCGAAACAAUAUGGGAGAUUGAUCGAGGGGCAAAAUUUGGCAUGUUGUGAUCGCUGCAAC